CGGACGAUGUUGCGUGACGUCACAGUUUACCAUUAGCAUCAUGGCGGCAUCAGAGGCACCUUCGCAAACAUCAUUCAUGGAUCCUUUCAAAGAUAUACUGGUUAAUUAUUUAAUGCCAGAAAAAUGCUUUGACGAAUUUUUUUUACAGUUCAAUCUUCUGCACGUGGAAUGUCUAAAGAUUGUUAUCAGCAAAGGCCUAGGCAUUGGGAUUAUCCUUGGCUCUGUAUUAGUGAAACUACCUCAGAUUCUCAAGCUGAUUGGUGCAAAAAGUGCUGAAGGACUGAGUUUUAACUCUAUACUACUGGAGCUGUUUGCGAUCACAAGCACCAUGGCCUAUAGUAUAGUCAACAGUUUUCCUUUCAGUUCCUGGGGUGAGGCUCUUUUCCUUAUGCUUCAGACAGUGACUAUUGGGUUUCUCAUUCAGCACUAUGCAGGAAACACCAUCAAAGGUUUGGGGUUUGUGAUCGUCUAUUCUUGUCUGCUAGCGGUCCUCAUCUCCCCCUUGACCCACAGGGACAUAGUCACUACCAUGCAAGCCUCGAAUAUGCCAGCAAUUAUCAUUGGACGGUUAAUUCAGGCUGGCACCAACUACAGAAAUGGUCACACUGGGCAGCUGUCAGCCAUUUCAGUCUUUCUACUGUUUGCAGGCUCUCUAGCACGUAUAUUCACUACAGUGCAGGAAACGGGAGAUCUCCUCAUGGCUGUCACUUAUGUCAUCUCUUCUUUCUGUAAUGGUGUAAUUGCAGCUCAGGUUCUUUACUAUUGGAACAGCACAUCUGCCCUUAAAAAGAAGGCGUAGUAGAAGAAAAGAAGACAGAUUUGGAAUUCAGUGGUUAACAAUUGACUGGGGAUCAGAUUUCUCCCAAUCAAAAUGAUAGUUCUAGUAAAACUGAGCUCUGUCCCUUAAUCGGUUAUAAAUGGUAUUUAUUUUUCUCAUAUCAGUGCGACUAAAUAUUGAAUAGAUGCUCACUUUUACAUAUUGCAGUUGCCUGAAAAUGGACCAAAAAUCCACAAUACUGUUUGGGGAGGGUCUGGAAUUUCUUUUAUAAUAGUACGCCUUUUUCUUAUUCUCUCAUUCUUGUGGUUGUGGGUUGUGGAUUAGGCAAUUUCUUGGACCAUUAGCUAAGCUCAGGUAGGGGAACAAGGAGACAAGUAUUAUUACUUUCAACCCUAAAAGUAUAAAUCUACAUGUUUUUAAUAAAGCAAUCAUUAUGUGUCAUUUUUGACAUAAAUACUGUUUCACAGUAAUGUCCUGAAUGCAUAUUUGCUGAAAUUCGUGUUUUUUUUUUUUGCUUGUUAACACUUUCACCUCUGCUAAGAGCGGAUUGCAGUUGUUCAUGGUACAUUUAGCUCUUAUUUAUUCAGUCUCUGUAUAUUGAUGCGUGUAUUUCACUGCUGCAGAAUGCAAAAAAGCCUUUCCGUUUUUUUAAAUUAUACAAAGCUUGUUUUGUGCAUACUUUAUUAAAAAAAUCUACACAUGUUAAUAUUAACAUCAUCACAUGCUAAUAGAAGUCAUGCUGGAACCUCAGAAAGGACCUGCUAUCCUUGUGUAGGCAAAUCAUAUAGCAUAUUUUACAGUCUUCCAAAAAAUGCAAAACUGGUAAACCUAGAAAAGCUUGUGUUGCUUUAACCCCCAAUAAAGACAUUUUUCUUUAUGGGUUGCACAGAGACUUAAGUGAGUCUUCUGGGUAUUCACUUUAAUUUUAAAUGUCGGAAUGUCAUGUAACUGUUGAGAGUCAUAUAAAGUGACUCGUAUUGUCAUUCAAUGUAGGACCUAGUACAUGAAAAUCAAGUAUGAUAUAAAUCACUUUUUGUUUUUUUAUAGAUUGUAUUAUUCAACCAUUAAAUGCAAGUUUGAAUUAUAAAAAUUGCACAUGAUA